GCGCGAAGCAUCGCGUAUAACCCGCGUACAAAACGAUUCGUUGAUAUUUUAGCUAGCUGGAUGCGGCGCCAAGGCCACGAGUCAGUGGUCAAAACCAACAAACCGUUGGACUCCGGGGGCUCAGUUGCCGUCGAGCGUUUACCGACGAAGGAAUUCAACCUCCGGUCUCUCCUUAUCUCUGCGAAUCCGACUGCAGGUCUUGAACAACGAUGAAUGGACUAUGGUGGCGAUGUCUUUCGCUCUGCAUAUUCAUCGGCACGAGCACAGGGGCGCCGGCCUCCGAGCCAAGUUCCGAUGACAACUACUGGGCACAACGAAGUCGAUUCCUGAUCGAGGAGUCUCAGGUUUCGCUGGGUGGGCGGAUGCAUUUCGAGUACGGAGAGCGAGCAGCGAACAACAUCCUAAUGGCGGCAAAGGAGGAGGAAGUAGACGAAGGCUUCGUUGACCCAAGCAGCUUCUUGCCGGCUCGGAACUUUCUCACGGUUGUCGACGAGGUUCGGGGUUCCUCGACCUUCCAGAUUAUCGAGAAGAUGCCGAAGGGCGCCGCACUCCAUAUUCACGAUACGGCGCUCACCUCGGCCGACUUCGUCUUCGAGAACAUCACCUUCCGCGACGAUCUCUACGUUUGUCGACCCGCUGACGGUUCAUUUCAGUUCAGGUUCCGCCGUGUGGCGGACAAGAAGGUUACGUGCGCUUCUUCCGAAGGUUGGGAGCUGCUCGCAGAUCUCAGAGCGAAUAGCAGCAUAAAAGAUGAAGUUGACACUCGCAUUCGUCAGGCCAUGACCAUGAUAGUCCCUGACCCAGCUAAAGCCUAUCCAAACGUAAACGUUGCCUGGAUCGCAUUUCAAAAUAUCUUCAUUACCAUCGAACCAAUGCUCACUUACUUGCCCGUUUACGAAGACUACUACUAUCAAGGACUUUCCGAGCUUUAUGAUGACAAUGUACUCUAUCUCGAGCUGCGCAGCACUCUUCCUACUCUCUAUGAUCUUGACGGGAACCAAUAUGGCCCUAUCGAGGUUGCUCGUCUGUAUAAGGAGACGACCGAACGGUUCGUCAAAGAUCACCCAGACUUCAUCGGUACUAGACUAAUUUAUGCCCCUCUGAGAAACGCGAAUGAUAGACAGAUGGAUGAUUAUCUUACCACCUUUGCUGCACUUCGGAAAGAAUUCCCCGAUUUCGUGAUAGGUUUCGACCUUGUCGGCCAGGAGGAGAAGGGUGAACCGCUUGCCCGAUUCGUUGAUAAGCUUAGGGCUGUCUCUCCGAGCAUCCGACUCUUCCUCCACGCCGGUGAGACAAAUUGGAACGGUCUGAGCACGGAUGAAAACCUGAUUGACGCUAUCCUCCUCAACGCGACAAGAAUCGGUCACGGAUUUGCAUUGCUGAAGCACCCGAGGGUCUUAGAGCUGGCAGUGGAGCGUGAAGUGGCAAUCGAAGUGAAUCCGAUCUCAAACCAGGUUCUCACGCUAGUUGGAGAUAUGCGAAAUCAUCCGGCAAGCUUUUUGUUCGCUCGAGAUUAUCCUGUCGUUCUGUCAGCAGACGAUCCUGGACUUUGGGGCGCGCGCGGUCUCAGCUACGACUUCUACGAGGCUUUCGUAGGCAUAAUGUCACGCUCCGCCGAUAUUCGGGCGCUGAAGCAGCUCGCCUUAAAUUCUAUAAAAUACAGCGCGAUGCCAGACGAGGAGAAGGUCCGCGCUUACGAAAUAUGGACGGAAAAAUGGGCGAAGUUCAUCACAGACAUGACGUAUGAAUAUUCGAUUGUAUCGCGUUCGAAACGGAGUUGCGAAGUUGACUUCGUUCCCACGUGAUACGCAAAUAUCAAUCCCUUAGAUUGAGGGGCAGGGGAGGGGAAGCAUCAAGUAUUAUAUCUUCAACAAUUUGUGUACGUUCCCUAGCUCGUCUGAAACGGACCGAAAGGCCGAUUAAAGGGUAACUUCUCGUACACGAGCACUAAGAAAAGCCAAAUUUUGUGACGUUCGUGAUAAUUUUAAAAAUAAUUACGCUCUAUUUUCUUACUGGCCCUCCUUAUAUACCAGUACAUAUAAGAUGUAUUCAUGAAUUGUCAAGUAUUGAUCAGUAUUAAAUCACUGAAAUUAACACAAGUAA